UAUAACAAAUACUUUGAAGAAGAACAAUCAGCUUCUUCUAAUGGCUUCUCAAGUAAACAAGAUACUUGGAUUUAUGUUCUUAUUAGCUUCAGUAUCAAGUACUAACAACUCGCCCAGAAAUAACAUCAUAGACGAAGACGAUGUGGCUGACCUCAAGGAUUUACUCCACUCAUCAAUGCAGAGCAUAAUCUUACUAAACGACCUCGUUACUAAGCUCACGGAAAAUGUUUCUGAUCUGACCAUCUCAUUUGCUGAUACCAAAGCCGAUAUGCGAAACCUGAAGACCACAGUUGAGGAAGAGAGGGCGAACCUGAAGACUUCCGUUGAGGAAAAGAUGACCAACCUGAUGACCUCAGUCGAGGAAGAUAUGGCUGACUCGAAGACUUCAGCUGAGGAAAAGAUGGCGAACCUGAAGACCACAGUUGAUAGUGAAAUGGCGAACCUGAAGACCUCAGUUGAGGAAGACAUGGCGGACCUAAAAGCUGCCCCUAGGGAGGUGAUGAUAGUGAGUGGGGAGGAAGAAGCAGGUGAGGCUGGAUGUGCUAGAGUAUGUUCUGGAACCACUGGUCGAGGCACCACAAAUUGGAUUGAUGCUUCUUCUACCAGUGUCCGGGUGAGUGUGGACAUUAGCGACUGCGGGUUUGUCAAGGUACCAACUGUCACCACCUCGGUUGAGGGAAACUUUUAUCAUUGUAAAGCUACUGGUCUUGCUGCAGUCUACACCACAACCACAACAUCUUUUGAUAUGGUUGUAGGUGGACCAUCAUCAUCGUAUUAUCCAGUUGGAGGAAGGGCUGCGUCCUGGGGUUGGAAUGUAGAAUGGAUAUCUGUUGGAUACAUCUGCUAAUAUAAUUCAAACUGAAAAGAAUAAACUAGACUUCUUCUGGUGGGACUGUUUGAUUAUUGACUUGGCGAAUAUUCCGAUAAAAAGUGUUUUUUAUCGUGUUUCUUUCUUGCAUGAUAUAAUCUAUGGGGUCAUGACCUAUCUUCUUGUAUAUCUAAUACUAUAACUAUUGCUGGAUAAAAGUAAUAACUGGCCAAGUCGUCACGUUAAAUUCCUUGUCAUCGCCUUCAUCGUUUUAAGAGUAUCAUGUUUUUAUUUUACGGUUGAUAAUUUGUUGAUAUUUUAGCUAGGAGAAAGCACAACGCACUUUUAGAGCCGAUGUUAAGCUUUUAAAGUGAAUUCUACUGGAAGUUUAU